GACCUACGAACCAGCUCAAAGAUCAGCUCCGCUGAUGCCACCAAAAUACCCAGCACCCUUCCUACCGAGGCAUUCAAAUCCUCGGCCACUCUCUCAGGCCACAGAGAUCUUUGAUACUGAUUUCGAGUCCGAUUAUGAAGAUGAUUUUGACUACUCUGACGAGUCCCCAAGAAGAAGUCUAGCUACCGACAGUGUAACGACAAUAUCAACAUAUCGGGAUGUUCGUACACCGGACUCGCACAUGCUGGGAGGUAAUCACAUGAAUAAAAAUGAUGUUACUGUGAAAGGGCCAAGCGGGCCUCAUCUUUUCCGAGCGUCAAUGGACUCGACAGACCUGAAAUCGACUAUGGAAGUUGAUCUUGUCCUUGCUAAGACGCCGACGACUGCAACUUUCUCGGAGACACUAAAAUUAGAAGCCCCCGUGAAAAAGACCUACGACCUCCCCACCCGAGAAAGACCCCAGCCCAGGCAGGCGAAUUCCAUCAACAAUGCGGUAUCUAACCAAAACGAAGAAGCAGUCAAAAAAUGGACACCUAAGGAGGUCGCUUUUUGGAUGCAUACGGAAGGAUUUGACCACAGUCUUGUGGAGAAGUUCCUGAUGAACGACAUCUCAGGUUCAAUCCUUCUUGAACUGCGACCUGAAGAUCUUAAGGAACUCGAGAUACAAUCAUUCGGCAAGCGCCGUCGCCUCAUGAACUCAAUCCAAACUCUACGUGAUAGUGCCAGGAUGAGCACCGCCGGCUAUCGGACGUCUGGUAUAUCUGGGGAUGAGAGCUGGACCAGCGAAGACGAGUCAAAGUCGUCGUCCUCUGUACAACAGGCUUACCAAUCGGACGAUCAGCGUUCUUACACAGAACCGGAAGAAAUCCGACCAGGUGACUCCGCUUCCAUUGUGGCAAUUGAGCAAGUACUCCCCAAGGAACACAAAUGUUCUAAAGGAGAAAACUGUCGCAAGUGGCAGAGACAACAGCAGCUAUUAGCCCGACUAGCCCAGGAUUUACCCAAAGACAGUAUUCACAACGGCAAUGUCAUCGUGGCCGGUGAUCCUGGUAAUCCCAGAACUGCUCCCAAUCUCUUGCUGAAUAUCCCCGAUCAUGUUCCAUCUGUGGUAGCAUCCUCAGACCUCCUCGGUCCUCAACAAGUUCCACAAUUUGCCUUGAGCAAGGAGAAGCUCAGUGAAGUCCAACCCCGUGAUCCACAGGAAAGCAUCCGCCAGUACCUUAAUCUCCAGCACCUCUGCACUUCACCCGUCGAUGAUCCGGUUUCACCACCCCAAGAUAUUACUCCUGAUUCAUUCAAAUCGAGUCCCAAUCUCACGGAAAACUUGCGCACUCUUCCCAAAUUGACUAUCCCUAAUUCACAUGAGCCAUCUUCGAUUUUCUCAGCACAAAGGACAAUAACACCAUCUGUUCUACAGAAUCAGCCAACGUUCCCUCAUGAGCAAUAUCCCCACGCUUACGACCAGAUAGCCUCUCCUGGAAACUACUACAGGACUUCCGAUGACUAUCGUGCUGAUAUUUACCGUCAAGGCACUCCUUUCUCUGAAGUGGAUGUGCCAGUGACGGCCAUCCCAGCUGGUCCCAUAGAACGUGAUAUCACCCAGUCUGUACCUCCAAACAUGAGGUUUGGUCAUCAACGGAUGGUUCCCCUUCCGGAUCCUAUACUCCGCCCUUCAUCGACAAAGAACGAUCGCCCACUACGCAGGAACCAUCCUUUUAUCAACACGCAAGGGUUACAGUCCCUGGGACGCGUGGAAGAAGGCAAAGUGGCCGUUAUUGAAAGACCAGAAGACCUACAAGGUACAGGUCUAUUUCCCCGAACGGCAAACGACUUUGCACACAGUGGCUGGAUGAAGAAACGCAAGACGACUCGUCUCCUUCGCCAUGAAUGGGAAGAACACCAUUUCACACUCAAAGGUACUCAACUAGCCAUGUUCGAGAACGAGAGGGAUUCUCGGCGGGACUCUAGAGCUCUCGAGUGCAUUGAUGUGGAUGACUAUGCGGUCGCUUGCUCAUCACUCGCCUCGAGCUCUAAACUGAGUGCAGCCUUUAAGAAAACUUUGCUCAAGCGAAACAACACUGCAGCCGAUGAAUCAGCAUUUGCAUUCUCUCUCGUGCCUUCCAAAGAUAAGGACAAGGAGUCAGGUGUGGACCGGAAGGCUCUCUUCUUGAACGGCGGCAAGUCACAUCACUUUGCUGUUAAGACCAGAGACGAGCGCAUUGACUGGAUGCGAGAGUUAAUGCUCGCAAAGGCUCUGAAACGCGGUAAAGAAAGCGGUGAUUUGAUGAGAAUCAAUGGGAAUAUGAUCUAAUGGAUAAGUUGGAUCUCCCGAUUUGCAGUGCUUGGAUUAGAUUUUUCAUGGUGUUUUCUGGGAUCUCUUGACAUUUCAAACAACAAACGAUUUCUUUACUACUCCUUUCGCAUCUUUUUCCCUUUGUGAGUUGCGACAAUUCCUAAGAUUUAGGUUGCUUGUCCUGCGUUCAUUCAUAUGCUAAAUGUCGGUUUUAAACAUCUUCAAUGACUUCUAUGAAUUUCUCUUCCUUUUAUCGGUUUGGCGGAAUCCUGUCUUAAUAGUAUAGUCUCAGUCUCUCCUUUCGUAUCUCCUGUUUCCUUCAAAUGUAUCAAUUAGUUAUUUUAUACCCGACAGUACCAUGUGCUCAGAUCACAGUCUUUCACUGUUAGCUGGAUUUGGUGAUCAUGAGAUAUCUGGUAUAUCUCAGAGGGAGAAUGAUAGAAACCGAAGUUUGGACAAGAAUAAAAAAUAUCAAAUACCCACCACGUAUAACUUGCGUGUGACAUGCCUGACU